UGCCAGUGCCGGCGGGAAGAAGGUACACCAAUUUUUGCCUGCUUCCCUGGGAGACUUCGGAAGUGGCCAUUCCUGACGUUCCAGCCCCAGUGACCACGGCCUUUGCUCUAGGUGGUGCCCCUUGCCUCUGGGGUCCAUGGGCCGGAUCUCAGGGCUCGUGCCCUCUCGCUUCUUGACGCUCCUGGCGCAUCUGGUGGUCGUCAUCACCUUAUUCUGGUCCCGGGACAGCAACAUCCAGGCCUGCCUGCCUCUCACGUUCACUCCCGAGGAGUAUGAGAAGCAGGACAUUCAGCUGGUGGCAGCGCUUUCUGUCACUCUGGUCCUCUUUGCAGUGGAGCUGGCUGGUUUCUUCUCAGGAGUUUCCAUGUUCAACAGUACCCAGAACCUCUUCUCCAUCGGUGCUCACUGUAGUGCAUCUGUGUCUCUAUCCUUUUUCAUAUUUGAGCGUUGGGAGUGCACCAUGUACUGGUACAUUUUUGUCUUCUGCAGCGCCCUCCCAGCUCUCACUGAAAUGGCAUUAUUCAUCGGUGUUUUGGGGCUGAAAAAGAAACCUUUCUGAUUACCUUCAUGAAAAGAAAGGCUGGAGGAGCAAGGGACCAUUCACCGUUCCUGGAAAGAGGAAACCACUCCUAAAACUGCAUUUGGUGGAGGAUUUUAAGUGUUAGAGUAAUUAACUGUCGAGUCUGGGAUUAUCAGCGUUUUAUUUAGAGUUUUGUAAGGAAAUCUGUUUAGAGUAACUUCAAAACUUAUAAAAAUAUCUUUGGGGUAGCCAAACUACUAGAGAAAUGUAAGGCUGUUUUCCAGCCUUGCAGACUGUAAGAUAAUAUAUACCGCUUUUAUCUUGGUUAUUACGGUAAAUGUCAGGCGGAGGAGGUGGGCGGAGAUAUGUAAAUACGCGGUGCUAACGUUAGGACUGCAAGCUCGUGAGUGGAGCAUUCUGGGAGAAAUUAGUUAAUUUCUUUUGGCAGCCAAGUGGGGAAAAAACAGUUUUUUGAAAGAGCUGCAAAUAAAUAGAGCAACAGAAAGGAAGAAUCGAAAUAAUUUUAGUGCUCAGGCAAGCGCGUUAUUUACACACCCUAUCCUAUAGCGGAAUCCUUUCCAUUGAGUUGGGAAUGCGACAAUAAGACUCAUAUCGUCAGGUAGGAUAAUCCUUACCUGUUCCUCCUUCGGGAGGGCAGAUAUAGAAUAUGAUGAUUGGAGAUCGCAUGAUACGUGAUUAGCGUCUCUGCGUAAUCAGGGCUUGCAACACUCUGAUUGCUCCUAUCUGAUUCUUCCUGGCGAUCCUCUUUCGAGUCUGUCUCUCUAAAACGUGUGGCGGAAGUUAGCUUUAAGUGUUCUUACAGCGGCGCAGUAACUUUCACUCCCGUUGUCAAUUUACUGUAACCGGUAUUCUCAUUGUAAGUGUUAUUGUUUGCUUCCUUUGGCGUGGAAUCUCUUGUCUUUUAUUAGGCUACAAUUAAAACUUAAUCUUAAAGGUCUAGUCCCUUGAAGUUCAAAUAAGCCAGAGUUAUUUUUGUAUCCUAGGUUUGUUGAGACAUUUUGAGUGACAUAAGAUCAAGGAUGUAGGCAGCAACCAGGUAUGUGCCAAACCAGCCAGGACUAUGUUGUGUUUUGUGGCAAGAGCUUCCUGCUCAGGGGGAUUUUCCUGGUGAGUUGGAUCCCCCACACGGAAAUUUGGCAAACUUCUUGAACACCCCACCUCUGUUAGCUACCACAUGACAAGAAUGUUUAUUGGCAAACUUCUUGAACACCCCACCUCUGUUAGCUACCACAUGACAAGAAUGUUUAAAAGAAGGUUAUUAGAACACAUACAGCCUGGCAGUAUGGCUUGAGCAUGGUCCCAUGGACUGAGAGGUCUACAUUCAUUUCUGGUCAGGGCACAUGCGGGAGGUUG